AUGUCCGACAACAAGAUCUCAAAGGUUGCAGCCACUGCCACUGCUGCCGUCAUGGCCUCCUCCAACGCUGCGCGGUCUGCCAACAUUGAGUCUACGCCUUCGAUGUCAUCGGCCUUUCUCGGCAGUCUUCCCGUCACCAGCGAGACAUCUGUGGGCGUGGCGAGUGCGCUCAAUACAGCACCCACGACUGCAGCGCCCACUUUUCAUGCCAACAGGCUCCUGGCCUCCGCCGCGUCCGCAGCAGCCAGCGUGGCGAACCAGGCAACAAACAAGCCUAUUACAGCCUCUUCCUUUGCUGAGACUCUGAGGCGCUUCUUCUUCAAUGAGAUCGAGCUCCCGCCCCUUCCGGAAAAGCACAGAAACCUCAUCAUCGCUCUGACCACCGGUGUUGCAGCAGGGAGCGCACUCUGGUCCUGGUACAGGGCGCACAUCAAUCGGCAAGAUCGCAAGGACAAGAUUGAAUUCGCCAUGUGCGAGAUCAUACAAUACUGCGAGACAAUGCCGGAGGAAGAGUGGGAGGCGGGUCUGAAUGACCCUGAGAACUUUAUAGGAUUGCUCCAUCUUGAGAUUGUCAGAAACACGAAGAAGAUCUUGGAUAACUCGGAACGCAACAUUGUGUUGGCCAAGUGCAAGCGUCACAUUCACAAUCGAUCUGACGCCCAUUUUCGUCAGAGGAAGCGUCAGAAGAGGCAGGCUGUGAGGGAUGCGGAGGUGGAGGCCGAGUACGAGAAACUUUUGGAAGAAAGUGGCAGCCAGGUCCAGGUACCGCAAAAGGGGGCUUCGGUGAAAGAGGCGGGACCCCUUCUGGGAGGUCCGAAGCUCACCCCAGGACCGCGGCUGGCGGGCAGGAGGCACAAAAAUAUCGAGUGGCAUCUAAACAAUGGAUCUGGUGGUGCCACACCGGGACGGAAGACGAUACCUCAUUAUCCAGGUCGCGGGCCCUUCACACCGAGUGUACACAACCCGCCAAAGAACGGUCGGAGACCAUCAUCACGACCGAAGCAUUCUCAUAGUCCGGCUAUACCGUCUCCUUUGACUAGGACCCCAGAGGCCCCAUCAUCCGAGAGCCAUACACCAGCUGGACCUCCACCGGUAGUAGCUCCUGAGGUUGGUACAUCAAUUGCCAACUCACCGAUUGCGUCACUCAAGGGCGGUACUCCGCCUGGCUAUCCGCCCAACCAGUCGCCUGCAGAUGGACCCCAAGAGGGGCUUCGAAGUUCGCCACUUCCUCUGCCACUAUCGUCUACCCCCACAUCAUCAAAGGGUAGAAAACAUAGCAGGUCUUCUUCUUCUUCUUCUUCUAGUAACGAUGACGACGAGGUGCCUCCCAGACAGCCUCGAACACUUCUAUCGGCUGGACACACUCGAACACAACUGGGUCCAUCCGUCGGAGGCAAAACCCUGACCACCACUCAGAUCAUCGCCAGGGCUUUCGACCCCAAUGCUCUGGGCAACAGGCCCUACCAAUCGCCUGUCCCCGAAAAGAGGAAGAAGCUCGGCCUAGACAAGUCUGGUCGACCGGGGAAGCGUUCGCGGUCGGGGGACUUUUCCGUCAUGUCGGAGAGGGACAACGAAGAAAGAAUGUUCGCAACCAUCUUCGAAGGCGCGUCUCCACAGGUCGACCCUCCUGCGGGUGUUCCUACGUACCGAGUCAGCGAGAGCAAGGGAUACUGGAGGGAAAUCCUCAAGCAGAGGGGGCUGCGGGAGUUGCAGCGCAGAAUCUUUGGAACGGCGCCGGCGCAGAAGGUCCAGGAGCCUGUGGAACAGGUAGCUGAAGAAGCCUCUCCGGUUGAACGAUACCAACAAGAUGAGGAGGCCCAAAUGAUGGAAGACAUUUUCAACUAUGAAGACCAUGCGAGCGAGCAGCUGGUGGGUGAAGAGCCCAUGGACGAAGAGACUGGAGCUGGCGCUCCAAGCUCUGAUGUCAAUGCAGCACCCACGACAUCAGACCUACUUGGGGUGGCCGAAGAGAUUCUGGACGCUAAGCUCCAGGAGGCCGAACGGGGCAUGGAAGAAGGAGUGCGUUGGGAGCAGCAGACGUCAGUAAAUGACGAAGUCAACGAGGCUCCAGUACCGUCAUCUCCUCCACGACCUUCUUUGCCGUCUCCUCCACGACCUUCUUUGCCGUCUCCUCCACGGCAUUCUCCCUCGGCACCUCCUGCUAAUCCAACGGUGCCUGUCUUGUUGGUUCCAGUCGCGGCUGCUGUCGCUGUUGCUUUCUCUACACCAGCAGUCCAGCGUUUGUCUCCACAGGGUACACAGACUGUAGGAAUCCAGCAGCAGCCCGCCGAGUACCAGUCUUCGACUGUCACUGCACCCCAAGAGCCCGCUGAAUCCCCACAGCGCGAUAUCCUGGGAAGACAGUCGCAACAACUAGAAACCGUCGAAGAGGUCGACGAGGGACUAUCACCGUCGCCAGCAGCCGAAGCUGCGACAGCAGCAGAUGCUCAGAUACAGGUAAAGGUGGAAAGUCCACCAGACAUGGCUCCUCCAGCCAGAAACACACGCACAGCUGCCGCGCGCCGUGCAUCCACCAACCCCCCAUCCUCCUCUGUGUCGGCUCUACCCACCCCGAGCCGUCCUCCUCGCCGACUCUCUGCGUCUAGGAUCCCGACCGGCACGCGGCAGGUACCUCGUCCGAGACCAGCGCCUGUCAUGGAAGCCCCGCCUGCCCCGCCAGCUCCCAAGCGGAGGGCAUCGGUGGCUACGCCUGCUCCCAAGAGGAGAACACCUGCGGCCAAAACAGCUCCUAAGAGAAGAACACCUGCGGCUACGCCAGCAACGCGCAGGGAACCGACGGCUGCACCGGUGGCUGAACCGGCUCCUACGCCUGGGACGAGGCAGAGUUCGCGAGUGACGAGGUUCAAGGAGAUCCGGAAGAUGGACCGUACACUCUUGACGGGUGCGUUAUGA